AAUCGCUGACUUUCUCUCCUCUCUCUCUCUCUCUCUCUCUCUCGUUCUUCCCUUCUUCUCCUCCGCUCGGAGGUCUUCCGGGGUCGCUCGCCGUCGCGAGGGGGCGGCUCCGGUACCUCCCUGUGGGUUUUCCGGCGCCGAUCCCUCGUUCGGAGGGCCGAGAAAUUCGCUGGUAAUCGCGAAAGGUGGUGGUGGUGGUGGUGGCGGUGGGGGUGGGGUGGGGGCACCGGUUAUCGUGAGACUUGUCUGGCGGAGCCAGCGACGGAGAUCGAGGAGAAUUUAUGAGCACGAGACUUCGGUAGAGUCGUCGUCUAAGACGUGCAGGGUAGGGCAGAUUUUUCUCCAGCCGGUGUUUGGAGUAGGGUGAGGCUGAUGGAUCCUACUCUAAGCCUGAGGCUUGCUAUUUUGCUGAUUCUUCUUGGAUUGGCUAAUGCUUCUCCUCACAAGAGGGAUUUUGGGCAUUGUGAGAAUGUAGUGAAGAAGUGGGCUUCUUCUGCACUUAGUCUUGAAGUUAAAGAAGACAAGCACACCCUGCGAGAUUUGCUCUUCUUUCUCCAUGUUCCAAGAACAGGAGGACGUACAUACUUCCAUUGUCUCCUGAAGAAGUUGUAUCCUAAUGAUCUGGAAUGCCCUCGUUCUUAUGAUAAAUUGAGGUUUGAUCCCAGCAAGCAAAAGUGCAGGUUGUUGGUCACUCAUGAUGACUAUAGCAUGAUGUCAAAACUUCCUAAGGAUAGAACUUCAGUGGUGACCAUAUUAAGAGACCCAGUUGAUCGUGUUUUCAGUACAUAUGAAUUCUCUGUGGAGGUUGCAGCUAGAUUUUUGGUGCACCCUAAUUUAACUUCUGCCACAAAAAUGGCUGGGCGCUUGCGCUCCAAGACUAAAGGAUUUGGAGUUAGUACACUGGAUAUAUGGCCAUGGAAGUAUCUAGUUCCUUGGAUGAGAGAAGACCUAUUUGCAAGGAGAGAUUCGAGAAGGCUUAGUGGAUCCAGGAAUAUCUACAGCAGCGACCCAUACAAUAUGGAGGACAUUGUAAUGCCAUUGCAUAAGUAUAUCAAUGACCCUGUUGCUCAAGAAAUAAUACACAAUGGUGCCACGUUUCAGAUUGCAGGGUUAACUAACAAUUCCUAUAUUCCGGAGUCGCAUGAAGUACGUCACUGUAUUAUGCAGCACAAAGAACUUGGUGAAAUUGUCCUUGAAGUUGCAAAGAGGAGAUUGGACAAUAUGCUGUACGUUGGUCUCACCGAGGACCAUAGGGAAUCUGCAACAAUGUUUGCAGAUGUGGUUGGUGCACAAGUAAUUUCUCAACUGAGAGGAUCUAGCUCUGGUGUGCAGACUGCGGCAACAAAUGAAUCAGAACAGAGCUCCUUGUCAGACAGCGAGCCUGAUGACGAACACAGUCAGAAUGCCACUUUGGAAUUUGAGGUUUCUAUGAAGGAAAUCAGUGAAGCAAGUAAAGAAAAUAUGACAGUGGGAAAACUUAUGGAAUCUUACGAAAGCUGCAUAUCUACUUUGAGGAAGACCCAGUCUCUACGCCGCAUCUCUUCCUUGAAGAGAAUCUCCCCUGCGAAUUUUACGAAAGAGUCACGUCAUCAGGUUGGUGAAGCGGUUCUUCAGGAGAUAAAAUCACUGAAUAAUCUUGAUUUGGAGCUCUAUGAGUAUGCUAAGGAUAUUUUUGCUCAGCAACACAGACGAACCACCCAGAAGUCCGCUGUCACAGUUAAGGAGAAAUUCACGAACACGAUAACCAGUUCAUAUGGCAGUUCAUGGUGGAACCACUUUUUCUUAUUCUUGCCCAUCAUUUUGCUCCUUGUAUUCUUUAUUCUUUUUGUAAAUGCAAGGAGAAGAACAUCAAAAGUGAAGAUAUGAAUGUAAUUGCUUCUUGAAAAUCAUUACAGAUCGCAAGGUCUAAAGUCUCUCUAGUUGGUAGAAAGAGAUUAAUUUUGAUACGGCCACGAUGCACUACAUGUUCACAUGUCCCCAGUCUUGGAAAAAAAAAGGGUUCUUCAGAUGAUACUUGCUUUAUUGUUCUGAGAGAAGAGUCCUUUUAUUCCUCUUUGCUUCUAAAUGUAGCCUUCACUCUGUUUCUCAAUUUAUUUGUUGACCCCGCUGCAAGGUUUAGUUUAUAGCCACUGAAUCUUAA